AUGGUGUCUGACCACCUUCAACAAGACGUUAGAUUACCGAUACAAAUGUACUCGGAAUCGCCACGUGGCUUGUGCAAGAAGCGAGUUCUGUCACGGGGAUUUUCUUUGGACUCAAUCUCCCUUCAGCCAUUACUCAAGCCUGUCAAAAGAACGAGCUUGGGGAGUUUGAGCAGUGUAUCUGAUGACAGUGAGUUUGAACCAUCGCCUCCGUUUCCAAGAAGAGGACGGCGAUACGCCAUUGAUGAGACAAAGCAUGUUGGAGACUGCUCGCCGGAGAGCCUGUCCCCAGAGCCGGAGAUAUUAUGGGAAGAUCUGGAACACAACAGUGUGAUGGCACACCGCGAAGGGAGACGAAGAAGCUCUCUGGACCUCCCUCUCGAAGUGAAUUCCAGAGACUGCCUGUUGCAGAAGCCCACCAGAAAGCCUCUAGUCCGUCAACACACCAUAGCGGACUUUGCUGCUCUCCGCCAGUCCUCAUCUACGAGCACCACACCUACAGAUGAUUCAAAGAAACCUAGACAAACAUUUUCCCUGCUCAAACUGAUGAAAUCACGGAGUAAAGAAUCUCUUUCUCAGCUCUCUGAUGCUCUUUCACAGAUAAAUAGGUCCGAGUUCAAGGACGCCCAUUUAACUCGGUAUAAGAAUGCUCACUGGUCAGACUUGAUAACCGACCCAGACAUAAAGAGGGAGGUUACCAAUCUGCAGGAACCAGAAGGAAAGCGCCGAGAGGCGGUAUGGGAGCUGUUUAAAAGCGAAUGUGUCUUUCUCAUCGACCACCUCAUGGUUUUGAAGCAUUGCUUCUUGGAACCUCUGAAGAAGCUACAAGUGGAUGGAUUCUUGAUGUACGCGGAGCCGGCAGAACUGUUUUCUAACCUGGAUGAGUUAUGCUAUGUGAGCUACACAUUCUGUAAGGAUUUUAUCUCAGUUAUCCUGAAAGACCUGAGCUACCGCCCAACAGAGUUUGGAAGGACCAAGAUACUUAUAAAAACUUUUCACCGUUUUUCAGCUUUGUCACGUGACGCGGGUGUUUUUCAUUCUUAUUGCUUGAAUUAUGUCAACGCUUUGGGCUACUUGGAAAGGUUGUUAAAGAACGACGACUUUGCUGACUUUAUUAAGUGGUGCGAACAAGACGCAAGAUGCAAAAGACUUCAGAUAACGGACCUGUUGGUAGCCCCUGUUCAACGGUGUACGAAGCUGCCAUUGAUACUUUCCAAUAUUCGAAACUAUACCAAGGAUCCAGAAGAGAAGAGGCAACUAUCAGAAUCCAUCCAGACUGUGGAGAAAUCUCUACGAAAUCUAGAAGAUAAGUUAAAGUGGGUGAGGAAUUUGGAGAGGGUGCAAGAGAUUCAGCAGAACUUGGUGUGGCCUAGCGUAACAGAACUGGACCCACGGGGCUAUAUCCCAGAGUUUCUACGACCCCUGGUGUCAAAGCAGCCAUGUGAGAGGCUUUUGGCGAGCCCUAAAAGAAGACUCCUAUAUGAGGGCCCUGUGACCUUGCUCGAGACGACAAAGACAGCGGAAAUGUACCUUUUCCUUUUUGAUGAUAUUCUGCUCUUGGCUCGUAUAAAAAGACCUUUAAAAAAGAAACAGACCUCCACUGAAUCAUCAACCAAAAGUAGCUGUACAGUGAAUGAUGGAUCCAAGUAUACGGUGUAUCGCCAGCCUAUCCCUCUGGACCGUUUCGCAGUCUAUGACGUUUCUGCCAACGAGACUUCAAGUUCGUCAUGUGACUCACUUACAAAAUGGCUGACAUGUUUGAGAGAUGCUAAGGACCGGCAUAUGGGAGCAACUGAAAUCAUCGAGAAGGAAGGCCCACCAGACGUCAGAAUCAACGGAUUGGUCGAGACAGGCUUCAGCUGCCAGAAAAAACAUUUCCGACCGAUGAGAAGAUGUAAAACACAGAAUUACGAUAACACCUGCAGGCACAGAACCGAGAAACAUCUCAGUUUGGAUACAGACUACUGCUAA